AUGGCAACUAAUAAAGAAAAGAGUUUGCAGACGCGCGAGCAUCCGCCACGUGGUUCGAUUGACAUUGUCGCUCUCAUGGACUCAGUUGUUGAUGUGAUAUUUUUUGCCGAUAUUUUAUUAAAUUUUCAUACGACAUUUGUUGGACCCGGCGGUGAAUGCUCAAAAUUUACGCAUACUGUAGUUAGGCUAAUACGCUUAGCUAAUAUAUAUGCUAAUAUAUACUUUCAGGUAGUGAUUGAGCCAGCCAUAAUCAGGUGCAAUUAUUUCAAAUCGUGGUUCCUUAUUGACCUCCUUUCCUGCCUGCCUUAUGAUAUUUUUUAUAUGUUUAAGCACGAUGAUGAGAGCGAAUCUCUUCAUUUGCAGAGGAUAGGAUCGCUGCUAAGUGCCCUGAAAGUAGUACGUUUGUUACGGCUGGGCCGUGUUGCGCGCAAGCUUGAUAAUUAUUUGGAGUACGGAGCAGCAACGUUACUCCUACUUCUCUGCGCUUAUGUGCUUGUUGCUCACUGGUUGGCCUGCGUGUGGUUUUCGAUUGGCGAAUACGAAGUUAAACUUCGGCUGAUUUUUUUUGAAAUUAUUUCAGCACUAUAUUUUACGAUGUCUUGUCUAUCAACUGUAGGAUUCGGCAAUAUAGCAUCAACAACGGAUAACGAGAAAGUUUUUGGUGUAUGCAUGAUGAUUAUUGCUGCUUUGUUAUAUGCUGCUAUUUUCGGCCACAUGACCACCAUCAUACAGCAAAUGACAUCGGCCACCAUAAGGUUAAAUAUCGAUAAGUAUCAUGAUAUGAUAGCAAAUGUGCGCGAGUUCAUCAAACUUCAGGAAGUGCCAAAUGAGCUUGCUGAGCGCGUAAUGGACUAUGUUGUGAGCACAUGGGCUAUGACCAAAGGCAUCGAUACUUCUAAAGUACUGGGAUAUUGUCCAAAAGACAUGAAGGCAGAUAUCUGUGUGCAUCUGAACAGAAAAGUGUUUAACGAACAUGCGUGCUUUCGACUUGCCUCGGAUGGCUGUUUGCGUCAAAUCGCCAUACAUCUCGAGGUUCAUCUUUUAAAUUUGUUUUUAUAA